AUGGGGAAACGGUUUACUCGCGGCCCAGACGGCGCUGGCGCAUCGAGGAAGAGGCAAAAAAUUGUCCAUGAAGCACCGACAUCCGAGGAAAUCCACGCGAGCAGACAAUUGCAACAACUACUCUCAUUCAGUCAGGACCCAGUACGGGCCCGGCAUGGUCUACAAUCCUUCAAACUCUUUCUCGACGACUUGCUUGACCCGGACAGCGACCAUGGCGACCGGCCCAAGAUCCUACGGGACUACCUCCAGUUCGCGAGGCCCGCCGACGACGACGACGAGAAUACGAAACGCCAGCAGGAGCUGAUAGCGCGCAACUUGGCUGCCGACAAGGGAAAGGCCUUCAUAAUCUCGCCAACUUUGAGGAUGUUGAAAGAGGCCGUUAGCUUUGACGGCGGUGCCGUGGCGAGGCCCCUUUUCCGCGCUAGGGCGUCCAUGUUGAAAUCGCUGGCACGGAACAUGGGCAUUGUACACAUCGGAGAGGAGGCCGAGGAUACCAAGCGGCCAUCAGCCCGCACCAAUGCCAUCCUCUUCUUCCUUAGCGCCCUCAAGUUUCUCCACCCGGAGGCGAAGAAAGAGCUGCUGUCCCAGAGAGACAUCGUUUCUGCGCUGACGCGCGAUGUCAAGCAGGACCCGCCCUACCUCGUGCGGGAGCUUUUAGAGGGGCUGCGGAACCAUGUCCUGUUGGACGACAAGCUCCUACGCGAGGCCAAGGCGAAUCUGCUAAAUACGUCAACGCUUACCCGCCUCGCAGCACUUUACCAAUACCGUUUAGGCACGCCUGCCGAUGAUGAGACUUCAAUACCCGACAUCGCCCACAAUUUUCUCAUGACGGCGUGCACUGAUCCGGCCUGUGGUGUGUUGAGACAGGAUUCCGGCUUCUACCCGAGGGAAAUUGACCCGGAUACCGUGGUCCCGACCGCCGAGCUCGACGACUUGGGGCUAGAAGCCAUUGUUUGGAUGAACAAGUUCAAAACUGAGGUCCCUGUUCGAAAUUAUACCUUGUCAAACUUCUUGCCAAACCUACGUCCGUGGUCGAGCGUCAAACAGAGCGAGCUCAUCAUCUCCAUCUUCAAGGUCGCUCCCGAGUUGGUCGCCCACUACUUCCUCACCAAUAAGUCCUUCACCUUUGAACCCAAACUUUCGGCCACAUGGAUUGGCUAUGCCGCUUUCCUCUUCAACACGGUCACCCUCUCCGUCCCCGACUACUUCUGUCGCGCGGGAACCUUUCGUGAACUGCCCCCACCGACUUCAAUCGUCAUGGACAACAUCCUACCUCUCCCACUAAACCAGAAGGCGCUAACCCGGAGUCUGACCAACAAGUCGAACAUGAUUUCGUUCUUCGCCACUCGCAUCUUAGUAGUUGCCAUUGAAAAGUUGGAUGCCGCGAUCAAGAUGCACCAAGAUGCGUCCCACUCCAACAAGACUGUUUGGGCGGAGGCCGCACGCAGGUUGGUGGAUGAGUUCUGCCAGAGGAGUCCUGGUAUCAAGGAAAUGAUCAACUCGUACCGAGCCAUACCAGAGGGCGAUGUUCUACAUCGCGAGGCAGGCAGCCGCCUGUUGCGCCUCUGCUACGAGGUGCUGCCGCAGGUCGCUCUCAUGGCCAAAUUCGACGUCUCUCCUUUCCUAGAAACAGCUCUGGGCCGCUUGUCUGGACAAGAACUUGAUGACCCCCGGGACUUCGCUCUAAAUCUAAAGGAGUUGGAAAACUUGCUUGCCAUUGCCGGAUAUUCGCCCGGAAUGCGUUGGUUUACCGCGCCAGAGGGGAUGUCGCUUUCUCCAUUCACGCUGCUGCUGAAAGUUUACGUCGAUGCUCCGGACGGGGUCGCGCUGGAGGCAAUACGGAGCGUUCUCAACUUUGUCGCCGUAGAGCAACAGCUGGUGCCCACCGUUGACAAACACCCCGGGCUUCUUGCCCUUCUCGAGGCGUUACAGUCGCUACGCCAGUCCUCGCCAGACUCCACCACACCGCUAUGGCCUUUCUUAGACAACUGCCUGACGCGUUGUGCGAAUACCCCAGUUAAGUACGUCGAAAAGAUGCAAGAGGUAAUACAAAACAUCAUCCAAACCGCAGAGAAAGACCUUGAGGGGGCGGUCGCAAGUCCGAUUGCAAUGGCUAUGCUGGAGCAAUUGCCGUUUGUUGCAGCAAAGGAUGGGGGACAAGCCAUCAUUAAAGCCCUUGGCCGCUUCUUGCCCGGAUUCUUGGGGCUGUCAGCAACUGCUGGGGAGAGCAGACCGUUACUCGACUCAAUAUUCUCGAGCAUGGUGACAUACCUUGCUGACAGCAAGGGCAAGCUCGCCAAGGCCGGCGUGCCAAAGGACCUGGAAUUCGAGCACAAUCCAACGCCUCGGAACACAGAAACCAAAGCCAAGAAGCCCAGGAGCACGACCGCUAGCCAGGCGGAGGAAAAGUCGGAGCCCCAAAUGGAUGCCGAGGCCUUGGAGGACACGCUACACCUUCCGGAUAGUUUGGAGGCAGACAACGCAGCUUUGGUGAAAUGGACUACCAAGACAGUGGAUGAGCUUGUUGAUGAGGGCUACCUCACAUCACUCAUCGCCCUGCUCGUCUCAGAACACGCCAGCAUACGAAAAGAAGCGCUCGUCAAUAUCCUCAAGGCUGCGGCAAAAAUCAAGCAAUCUGAAUACGAAGAGAAGGAGCAGAUCUGGUUGCUCCUCUCAGAACUCGCCGAGACGGCAAGGGACAACAUCAACGACGGGCCACUACCGAGCGCAAUUGCCUCGUUUGCAUGCCACGCGCUCAAUGUCCUCCGGGACCCCCUCUCGAGUCUCUACUCCAAAGUCAACAUCUUUCUCACGCGCGGACCGUUCUGGAGCCUGGACAGGUUGCCGCUUGUAGACGAGGUCCUCUCGGAGGAGCCGAUGGUCGGGGACACAUAUUACGCUCAGACAAAUUGGCUUUUGGAAUACCUGAUUGACGGGCUCCGCACGCCACACGAUUUCGAACUGUUCCAUAAGAAGCGGGCGAAGGGCCCGGUACUCGAGCGGAUCCUGGCGCUGGCGGCGAACCCAUACAUGAGGCUGCCGCUCCGGAGCCAGGUGCUGCGGUUGCUCUACCGGGCUACCCGAAUCGAGGGGGGAAGCACGACGCUGACGACAAGAUUCGGUAUUGUAAGCUGGCUUGACGCGAGACAGGCCGGCUGCUCGGAUGCCGGCGAGGCAGUCAUCUAUGGGGCGUUGCGAAGGAGGGUAUGGGAGACGUGCGACCAGGACAGGGUUAGGGCUUGGAGUAGGGGUUCGUUGGGUGUUGGGCAGGCAUAA